AAAAAAAAUAUUUGGCAAUUCUUAUUAACGAACUUGUAUGUCUGCAAAGCAAUGCAAUUUCAUCUCCGUCUAUUACGCCAUUCUUUCAAAUUGAAAAUCUCCCAAAAAGCUUGAAACUUGGGUGAAGCAGCAGCAAAGGGAGAAAGAAAGAAGGAUAGCUAUGUCAGACUAUCUCCCAGAGGAAGUGGUGCUGGAGAUAUUGCACAGAGUACCUGUCAAAUCCCUAAUUCGAUUCAGGUGCGUUUCAAAAUCAUGGAACUCCCUAAUCACAAACCCUAAUUUCAUCAAUUCCCACCUCACUCAAUCACUCUCACUUUCCCCCAAUUCCAACAAAUUAAUUGUUAGGCACUGCACUUCUAGACCCAAUAUAGAGCACUACAAAUUGUUUCACGAUAACAAUGACUCCUCAUUUGAGCAAAUUCAACAGCUUGAGUUCCCACUAACCACUCGUCGUAUCCACCAUUUUAUGCUAGUCGGUUACGUGAAUGGGUUGUUCAGUUUCCACGAACAAGACCGCUUUAUUCUUUGGAAUCCCUCUGUUAGAAAAUUCAUUACGCUUCCCAAGCCUCGCAUUAGCGCCAAGACUCACGGCCAUGUUUCCACUCAUCUAGCAUUGGGGUUUGAUCCGAAAACCAAUGACUAUAAAGUGGUGAGCCUUGCCUUUCCGUGUAGCAGUCAUCGCCUGCCAGAGAUACCUAUGGUUGAGGUUUACUCUCUAAGUCAGGGCUCUUGGAGAAUAACUAAUGCUGGCGACUCAUUUCCGCCUUGGACUAGUUUUAACAAUUACUUGGUUCCAGAAGCUUCUUUGAAUGGGGCUGUACAUUUUGCAGCCCAUCAUGGCAAUACCUUGAGUCCUUUAGUUUUAUCGUUUGAUUUGGGUGACGAGGCUUUUCGUGUGAUUUCGGUGCCAAAUGGUGCUUUCAGUGGGAGGGAUGAUGUUCAUACCUCAGUACUUGGGGGAUUGCUUUCGCUGUUAUGUCAUGAUGCUCAUAAGGAUACAGUUAAUAAGCGUUGUUCCAUUUGGGUGAUGAAAGAGUAUGGCGUCGUUGAUUCUUGGACUAAACUGUUCACUGUUGAUCUCAACGGAGAAAUUGUGAGGGUAUUAGGUCUGCGGAAGAAUGGACAUAUAUUAGUACAUACAAACGUACCAGGUGAUUGGGAGCUCUCUUCAUAUGACCCUGUGAGCCAACAAGUUAAGAAGUUGGGGAUUUGUGGGAGGCAAUACUAUUUUUGUGUUGAUAAUUACAUGGAGAACCUUGUCUUACUUGACAAACCAAAUGAUGUAGUUUCCAGAAGGGGCAGGAAGAGGAAAUGCAGGGUGACUGCUGACAAAGAGAGAGACAAAGAGAGAGUACGCAUGCUACAAGAGGUAAGAUGCAUGCUACAGAAGACAAUACAACAUGAAGAGAAAUUCCGCCAUCUGCAGGAGUCAAUGCUACAUCAAGAGAAAAUACUAUUGCCUGUACAAGAGCCAGUACAACAUCAACAAGAGACAAUACUACAACAGGAUAUGGAGGAAAUGCUUAAAUCAGGCUUGAAGGAAGCGGACACUGUAAAAUCAAGAUUGCUAGUUUUGAUUCAACAACUAAGUGGCCAGGCUGAACACACGUUUAGUGGUGCUGCAGAUCAAAGUUCAACACAAGUUAAACAAAGAUCCUCUUUUGUAGGUCAAGAAAUGUGACCUUGCGGUGGGAGUGAGAUUUUGAUGUGAAAUUUUGUUAUACUUGGAAAAAAGUAGAGUCUAAAUUUGACACUGGUGGAAUUUGUGAUUGAUAUGAAAAGUAGUUUGUUGAAUGUUUAGAAGUAAUCUUUAGUGAAUUUAGAGGAAUUUGUAUUAUGAUAGGAUAUUAUUUAUUAGAUGGUUUGAUAAGUUUUUCAUUUUUAGUAAAAUCGGGAAAAAAGAAGAAGAAAAUGAUACUUUCUGUGACCGAACAAAUUGCCUAAAAUUAUGGUUCAUAAUGAUAUAGGAAACUUGACAAUUUACCCUCAA